UGGCUAAGUAGGUCUAGAGAGUUAGAAAGGUACAGCGCAUAGGAAAAGGAACACUUCUUGGUCGUGGGUUUUUGUUGUUUUCAUUCUUGUGAAAAACGAGGUCAUAGAUUUUCCCAAAGCUUCCACUUCGUUGUGAAAUCUGGAGGAUCGAGGCAGGCGGCAGGGCCAGGUUACCCUCCAGGAAGUGCUCAGUAAAACCCGCGUUACGGAAAAGCCGGCGCGGGAGACACGCGGAACUGAAGCCGAUCCUCUCCCCGGACCAGAUACGACCCACAGGACUCUUUCCUGUUGUUAGUCUCUGGAAACUACAAAAUAAGGGCUCCUAGUCACUACUCUGUCAUUAGAAAGUGUGCCCUCAGGGAGACCUGCAAGCAGGACCCAUUCUAAUUGUGGGAGAAACAAAGUGGACAUUCCGCCUUUUCCAUUCCCGUUUCUUUCACCAAAACGACAGGGAACCACACCACACGAUGACACGGUGUAUAAGGCUCAAAAACGCGAGGGACUUCAGAAAGUAAACCUCCUACCUCCGCGCCAGACACCGAGGCGGCACCACAGGCGGGCAGCAGCCCCACCCACAACCGGGACACGUCGUUAGCCGAGCCUCACCCCCGACCAUGGAGGUCCGAGGGAGACUACGCCUCCCAGCAUGCAGCGCGAACACGUUCCCAGCGGCCGCGCGACUGAGCCGGGGCAUGCCGGGAGGUGGAGUUCCUGUCUCUGCGGGAAGCGGAGCGGACUGCUCUUCCCUCGCAGACCAGCGACGCGCACAUUCUUGGACUCUUCGGGGGUGAGACCAGAUCUGGGCACCCUCACAUUAGUGACUGCUUUCUAAUCCUAAUAUGGUCCUUCCGCUAAAAGUAACUUUGGGAACUCUCUCACAGACGCAAAUCUUUACGGUUUUCCGUUUCCGGCUGGCGUGUUGCCUUGGUAACUAGGACGCGCAACCACCCUGGCAGUUAUGGCGGGGCUGGGCAGCACGCCGAUCCCCGACGGCGAGUUCACCGCGGCCGUGUACCGGCUCAUCCGCGAUUCCCGCUACGCCGAGGUGGUGCAGCUGCUGGGCGGGGAGCUCCAGCGCAGCCCGAGGAGCCGCGCCGGCCUGUCGCUGCUGGGCUACUGCUACUACCGCCUGCAGGAGUUCACGAUGGCGGCCGAGUGCUACGAGCAGCUGAGCCAGCUGCACCCGGAGCUGGAGCAGUACCGCCUGUACCAGGCCCAGGCCCUGUACAAGGCCUGCCUGUAUCCGGAGGCCACCCGGGUCGCCUUCCUGCUCUCGGACAACCCCGCCUACCACAGCCGGGUCCUCCGCCUGCAGGCUGCCAUCAAGUACAGCGAGGGCGAUCUUCCCGGGGCCAGGGGCCUGGUGGAGCAGCUGCUGAGUGGGGAAGGGGGAGACGACGGCGGGGGCGAGAACGAGUCAGACGGCCAGGUCAACCUGGGCUGUUUGCUCUACAAGGAGGGGCAGUAUGAAGCGGCUUGUUCCAAGUUCUUUACAGCCCUGCAGGCCUCGGGCUACCGGCCUGACCUUUCCUACAACCUGGCUUUGGCCUAUUACAGCAGCCGGCAGUAUGCCCCAGCGCUGAAGCAUAUCGCGGACAUUGUGGAGCGUGGCAUCCGCCAGCACCCGGAGCUAGGUGUGGGCAUGACCACGGAGGGCAUUGAUGUUCGCAGUGUGGGCAACACUUUAGUCCUUCACCAGACUGCACUGGUGGAAGCCUUCAACCUCAAGGCAGCCAUAGAAUACCAACUGCGAAACUAUGAGGCGGAAGCAAGACACAAUAGAGAUGAUGAAGCUGUCAAGAAGGCAGUGAAUGAAUAUGAUGACAUCCUGGAGAAGUAUAUUCCUGUGUUGAUGGCCCAGGCAAAAAUCUACUGGAACCUUGAAAAUUAUUCAAUGGUGGAAAAGAUCUUCCGCAAAUCUGUGGAAUUCUGCAAUGACCAUGAUGUGUGGAAACUGAAUGUGGCUCAUGUUCUGUUCAUGCAGGAAAACAAAUACAAAGAAGCCAUCGGUUUUUAUGAGCCCAUAGUCAAGAAGCAUUAUAACAACAUCCUGAAUGUCAGUGCUAUUGUACUGGCUAACCUCUGUGUUUCAUAUAUUAUGACAAGUCAAAAUGAAGAAGCUGAGGAACUGAUGAGGAAGAUUGAAAAGGAGGAAGAGCAGCUCUCCUAUGAUGACCCAGAUAAGAAAACCUACCAUCUCUGCAUUGUGAAUUUGGUGAUAGGGACACUUUACUGUGCCAAAGGAAAUUAUGACUUUGGGAUUUCUCGAGUUAUCAAAAGCUUAGAACCUUAUAAUAAAAAAUUGGGAACUGAUACCUGGUAUUAUGCCAAAAGAUGCUUCUUGUCCUUAUUAGAAAACAUGUCAAAACACACGAUCAUGCUUCGUGAUAGUGUUAUUCAGGAAUGCAUUCAGUUUCUAGAACACUGUGAACUUUAUGGCAGGAGCAUACCUGCUGUUAUUGAACAACCCCUGGAAGAAGAAAGAAUGCAUAUUGGAAAGAAUACAGUCACCUAUGAAUCCAGACAGUUAAAAGCUUUGAUUUAUGAGAUUAUAGGAUGGAAUAUGUAGUCAUGUCAGAUAAUGACUUAUAGUCAUGUUGGAUAAUGGCUUAUAUCAUUAAUGGCUUUUUAUCUGUAUUUUGUACUCUUUUAUUUGUAUUUAGCCAUUGGCAUCUUUACUUUGCUACAUGUUGAACUUUGUAUACUUUACAAUUAUAAUAAAAAUAAUUUGAUUAACCUGUUUUUAAAAUCUUCACUAAGUGAAAUAUAAGAAUUUUGACACAUAUAUUUAUGAAAAAUUCAAAACAGAAUGGGUACACUGUAUGUAUUAGAACUUGUAAUGCCUAUGUUACCUCUCCUUUGUUAUCAUUUGUGCUUUGUUGUAUUUUGAGAGUUACCUGCACAAGGACUACAUUAUCCAAGGACUUAGCACCGUCAAGCCUAGAACUCACUGAUUAAUGUACAGAAUUUUUAGCCCUUUAAUAAUAACAUUAGGGAUUGUGUGUUCUCAUCUCACCAUUUACCCUCAUAAUUAUAUUCAUUUGUAAUGCAUACACUUUACAUAGAGUUUAGGAUGUUUUGCCAGGGUUUUUUGAUAUAGGUGUAAUGCUCUAUGUAACCAAAAUUAUUUAGGUUAUGUUUAUUUUAAGUGUGCAAAACUCAGUGGUAAAUAUUGUACUCUUAAUAAAAUUAUGGUUCUAUGUUGUA